ACAUUUCUUUGGACCAAAGAGCCCUAAAACACUUGGCACAGACCACACUUUACCACCAGCUGUUCUCCAACUACUCUGCUGGUUCAGAGCAGCACAGUAGGACAGUGGGGACCCCUGGGAUCCCCAGGACAGCAAGGUGGAGAACCUGGAGAGGGGGAAUGUCUGGGAACGUGGCACCCUGAAGGUGAGAGUCAGAGGAGAAGGGACCCUUGGGACUCCCAACACUCCCAGCAUCCCUAAAUGGGACCCCCAGCAUCGCAGACAGGGGAGACCCUCUGAACCCCAGAGGGGAGAGCCCAGAGAGGGGGAACUCCUGGGAGAGUUUUUUUGGGGCUAAUCUUCAUAUUUUAGAGUACUUUUUAGCUGAAUCUCAACUUUUUGCAGUUUGGACAGGCAGGAGUUUUCUCACUAUUUCUGAGGAGCUUUUGCCUGAAUUUUGAUUGUUUGGGUUUUUCUGGGCUGAAUCCUGGUGUUUUGGAGGUUUUUAUGGUCACAGGAUGCCCGAUGUGUUCUAGAGAUGGACUUGGGCAGGAGGAACCCCCAAGCCAACGUGCUCAGCCCUUGUUUUCCCCCCCAUCAGGAUUUCUCCUUCCCAAAGCUUGGCCAGAUGAAGGAGGCUGGGAGGAAGAGGAAGGUGCCUUGGGCCCCCCAGGCAGGCCCCGAGCUGAGGACGGAGAGCCCGGAGGACAAAUCCCCCCGGCAGAGCCUGGUGGGAGAGGCCGUUUUGAAGGGCUCCCCGGCGCAGGAAGGCAGUGGGGAGGAAAAGGGCCGGAGAUCCCCCCACAGGAGGGGCUCCAAAGCCAGCCCAGGGUGCUCUGAGGAGGAAAGAGCCAGCCUGUGCCGGGAAGGCGGCCAGAGCUUGAGGGGGAGCUCUGAGCUGGUGGUCCUUGAGCAGCCUCCCAGCAGGGAGAAGCCCUUCAGGUGCUUGGACUGUGGUAAGAGCUUCAAGGCCAGCACCACCCUCCUCACCCACCAGCACAUCCACACUGGGGAGCGGCCCUACACGUGUGGGGAAUGUGGGAAGAGCUUCAAGUGCAGCUCCAACCUAGUCCGACACAAGCGCAUCCACACUGGGGAACGGCCCUACACGUGUGGGGAAUGUGGGAAGAACUUCAGGGACAGCUCCACCCUCCUCACCCACCAGCACAUCCACACCGGGGAACGGCCCUACACGUGUGGGGAAUGUGGGAAGAGCUUCAACUGCAGCUCCAACCUACGCAACCACCGUCGUGUCCACACUGGAGAACGGCCCUACACAUGUGGGGAAUGUGGGAAGAGCUUCAGUGACAUCUCUACCCUCCGCAGCCACCAGCGCAUCCACACCAGAGAGCAGCCCUACACGUGUGGGGAGUGUGGGAAGAGCUUCAGGACGAGCUCCAGCCUCCUCGUCCACCAACGCAUCCACACCGGAGAACGGCCCUACAAGUGCUUGGAAUGUGGGAAGAGAUUUCAGACCAGCUCACAUCUCCUCCUGCACCAGCGGACGCACACGGAUGAGAGGCCCUUCCGCUGCACCGACUGCGGGAAGGGCUUCAAGCAGAGCUCCGCCCUUGUCACCCACCGGCGCAUUCACACUGGGGAGCGGCCCCACAAGUGCUUGGAAUGUGGGAAGAGGUUUCGGACCAGCUCCAAUCUCCUCCUGCACCAGCGGACACACACAGAUGAGAGGCCCUUCCGCUGCACCGACUGUGGGAAGAGCUUCAGCCAGAACUCUUCCCUUGUCACCCACCGACGCAUCCACACCGGGGAGAGGCCCUACAAGUGUGGGGAGUGUGGGAAGAGCUUUGCCCAGAGCUGUACCUUGACCAAACAUCAACAGACCCACCGGUAAGAGAAGCGCCUCGAGUGCCCCGACUGCAGGAAGAGCUUCGGCUGCUGCUGCAACUCCAUCAGCCAUUGAAGGACCCCCGUUGGGUGAUCCACAGGAACCCACGUUGGGCACAGACCUGGUGACCCUUGUUCCAGGUGAUCCAUGCUGGGCACACACCUGGUGACCCCUGUGUCCAGCCCCUGUCCCGACCCCUCUGACAGUGAGGGUGACCCAGGGUCUUGUUAACUGAUCCCUUGGGGAAGAUUAGAGUUACUUUAUCUAUCUAUCUAUCUAUCUAUCUAUCUAUCUAUAUAUGUAGGGUUCACUUUAGAUCAGUUUUGUUUCCCUGUAGAGUAGGUUUGGGGCAGUUUUGGCUCCUGUCUAUAGUGAUAUAAAACCAUAAAAAUAACACUUCUUCUCUCUGGCUCCAAGCCCAGCCUGUCCCCUCCAGGGGUGGAUGUUCUCCCCCCUUCCCCGGGUGGUUCCUUUGCCCCUGGGCAGCAAAGCCCCCGCUGCUUCUGCAGCUGGAGAGUGUUGGAGCCAUGGACCAUUAACAUUCCAGUCUCUCCCAGCUCUGCACCCCAAAAGUCGAGCGGGAUCAAUGUGUCCCCUCAAAGUGGCUCAAUCCCAUAGCAGUUCAGA